AUGGCGGAAGAGGGCGCUCCGGGCCGGCGCGGCGAGCGGGGCGAGGAGCCGCCGGCGGAGCGCGGGCCCGGCGCGGCUUUUCACAUGUUCGUGCUCAUGGAGGACCUGCUGGACAAGCUGAAACUGCUGAGCUACGAGGAGGAGGCGCUGCGGCGCCACAACAUGCGGCCUCUAUCCAGGCACUACUUUGCGCUGCCCACCAAUCCUGGUGAGCAGUUCUUCAUGUUCUGCACGCUUGCAGCUUGGCUGAUCAGCAAGGCAGGACAUCCCUUCGAGCAGCCGCAGGAGUGCGACGACCCCAAUGCUGUGAUUUCCAACGUGCUCUCCGAGCUGCGGUCCUUUGGAAGGCCUGUGGAUUUUCCUCCCUCAAAAUUAAAGACAGGCUGCGGAGAGCAAGUGUGCUAUGUUCUUGAUUGUUUAGCUGAAGAAGCCUUGAAGCACACUGGGUUUAGCUGGAAAAGGCCAGCAUACCCAACAGAAGAGCCAGAAGAAGAAGAAAUAACAGAAGAUGAUGCAGAAUUAACACUUAGUAGAUUGGAAGAGGAUAUUGCAGAAGAAGAGUCAGACAAUGAAGAAAAUUAUAUUGACCUGAAUGUUUUAAAGGCGCAAACCUACAGAUCAAACGUGAAUGACACUGCAAAGCAAGAAGAGAUUUUACAGUCCACAACAGAUGCAGCAGAGUGGAAUCUGGAAGUGGAACGUGUGCUUCCACAGCUGAAAGUCACAGUCAGGACUGACAAUAAGGAUUGGAGGAUUCAUGUAGAUCAAAUGCAUCAGCAUAAGAAUGGAAUUGAUUCUUCUUUGAAAGAAACUAGGGGUUACCUUGACAAACUCCACAAUGAAAUCAGCAGAACACUGGAAAAGAUCAAUAGCAGGGAAAAGUACAUCAACAAUCAGUUGGAGCACUUGGUGCAAGAAUACCGUUCAGCACAGGCCUUGCUGAGUGAGGCUAAAGAGAAGUACCAGGAGGGAAGUGGAGGAGUAACUGAAAGGAUUAGAGUGCUUUCUGAGAUUACAGAAGCAUUAGAGAAAGUAAAGCAGGAAACAGAAGAGAAAGGAAGCAGUAUGACUGAUGGUGCUCCUCUAGUGAAGAUUAAACAGGCCUUAACAAAAUUGAGGCAAGAAACCAUUCAGAUGGACAUACAGAUUGGUGUGAUGGAACACACAUUGCUGCAGUCAAAGCUGAAAGAGAAAUCCAAUAUGACUAGAGAUAUGCAUGCAACAGUGAUUCCAGAAGCCACAGUAGGUGCCUAUUAAAAUUUGUUGGACCUGACUUGGUUUGCCCAAAAUGCAGUUUUCUACCAUUUGCUUUUUGUGAGUUCAGGGGUUUUGUUUAUGUUGCAGUAGGAGGAUGUUCUUUUUUCCUGUUCCUUUUGAACAAGAUACUUGUUAAAAGAUGCACUUUUUAAAGAAGUAACAUGCACACUUUAGACUCAAGAGGGAGCCAUGUUUAGUUUUGUGCUGUAAAGAUUUACUGCAUAUCUCUUCCAAAUAUACUAAUAAAUUGUUGUUAGUGAA